AUGUGCUCCAUCUGUCUUGACAACUUGAGAGACCCAGUGACCAUUGACUGUGGUCAUGUCUUUUGCUACCACUGCAUCAUUAAGACAUUUCAGAACCACAGGCAAGACAUUGUAUCAGUGUUUGAACAGGGCCAUCAGUUUUUGAGAAAAAGGGAACAGUACCUGUUGGAGCAGCUGGUAGGGCUAGAGCAGGAACUCACCAAAAGGAGGAAUAGCCAUAUCAUCAAGGGUUCUGAGGAGGUGGUCCAGCUUGGGACCCUGAUCUCUGAGUUGGAGAAGAAGUCUUGGCAGCCAGCACUUGAACUUUUGAAGGUAAGGAGCUCAACUGGCUUCACCUGGUGGAUCCUGCACUGCCGCUGCAGGCGUAGCUGUCCGCCAGUCCCGAGCCGCGCCUGCACUUCUCAGCUCUUGGGCUGUGGAUGGGACCGGGCGCUACUGAGCAGGGGGCAGCGCCCGUCGUAUUUCAGCACCACCGUGUCCCGGCCCGGCCGCGGGGAGCCGUGCUUCAUCGCCGUGGGCUACGUAGACUACAUGCAGUUCGUGCGGUUGGACAGCGACGCCGCGAGUCCGAGGAUGGAGCCACGAGCGCCGUGGGUGGAGCAGGAGGGGCCAGAGUAUUGGGACCGGGAGAUACGAAGCGCCAAGACCCACGCAGAGACUUUCCAAGGGAACUUGCAGACGCUGCUCCGCUACUACGAGAGCGAAGCCAGUGAGUAACCCCAGUCCGGGACGCAGGUCACGACUCCUCCCUGUCCCCUCCGGAUAGCCCGGGUCGCCCUGAGUCUCCGGGUCCGAGAUCCAACCUGAGGCUGUGGGACCCGUCCGGAGCCUCGACUUGGGAGAGCCCCAGGUACGUU